CACUUGCGUUUUGCGGGGCGAGAGCUCUCCGAGGACAUGGCGCUGGUGGAUGUCUGCGGAUUCCGGGACUGGGCUCGGGACUUCUCGCCUUUCGGAGCGAGGAGCCCGUGUCUGGGUGAACGUGGGGGUUUCGGGGUCGUGGCCGGGCAACUGGCGGUGCCGGUGGGGCUGGAUCCAGUGAAGUUCCUGGAACCAUACGUGGAAGGUGACGAGGAAGUACAGAUCAAACUGCAGCAUGGAACAACCACUCUGGCUUUUAAGUUUCAGCACGGGGUCAUGGUUGCUGUGGAUUCCAGAGCAUCAUCCGGAUCCUAUGUCAGCACUCAGGCAUUCAAGAAGGUGAUUGAGAUUAACCCCUACCUGCUGGGUACGAUGUCAGGCAGUGCUGCAGACUGUGUCUUCUGGGAGAGAAUGCUGGCCAAACAGUGCAGGAUAUAUAAAUUACGGAACAAGAAACGCAUCUCGGUGUCUGCUGCCUCCAAGCUCCUGGCUAACAUGGUGUCAGAGUAUAAAGGCAUGGGGCUGUCAAUGGGCACCAUGAUCUGUGGCUGGGACAGCAAGGGGCCGGGCCUGUACUACGUGGAUGACAAUGCGCUGAGGCUGUCUGGCAACAUGUUCUCCACUGGAUCGGGCUGCAGUUAUGCAUACGGUGUCAUGGACAGUGGGUACAGAUAUGAUCUGUCCGUUCAGGAGGCCUAUGACCUGGCACAGCGAGCUAUCUACCACGCCACCCAUCGAGAUGCUUACUCAGGAGGCACAGUCAACAUGUACCACAUGCGAGAAAAUGGAUGGAUUAAAGUGUCUCAGGAAGACGUUGGUGCUUUGCACUAUAAGUACACGGCAGAGGUGCAGUGAGCCAUGCGGAGCAUCCACCCAGUAACGGCAACGCACAAUUAAGGAUAACCGAAUCAUUCUAAUGCACCAGGAGAGGCAGGCGUGAACAGACCUGGGUUUGUGUUUCCUGACAGGCUGUGGCAUUUGCAAAUUUACGAUGAAAAAUAAACGUGCU